AUGCCCAUCCACAGCCACAGCAACAUCUGCUGUCCCACUGCUCACCACUGCUUGCGAGAACACCUCAUGCUUCCAACGCCUGGAGCUCCUUUGGGGCCAUUCGAACGACGCCAGCCGUUGAUGCUGUGCCCGGGAUCUCGGCCGUCCAUCCAGCGCUACUACUGGAAGCUGGAUCUGGUGGAGCGGCGGCAGCAGCGCCUGCAGGAGCCGCCAGUGCCGCUGCUGGAAGCACUGCAGGCACACGCUCUCGCCACUGGGGAGGAAGCCGCACUGCCUGCCUCUCCUGCAGCCGCUGCUGGGUCUCGUGGGCCUGUCUCGGCAUCGGCUGAGUCUGGUUCGGCAGCAGAUGGGUCUGGUUCGGCAGAUUCUGGGCCUGGGUUAGCAGCAGGGGAGUUGGAGUUUCGGCGAGUGGAGUGUGAGGGGCGGUACGACGAUGCUCGGUCGCUAUUUGUGGGGCCCCGGGCGCACACUGUGAGGGGCGCGCAGGAGAAGGGGUACUUGCUUGUCACUCCGCUGCUGCCUCCCCCUGGCAGCCAGCAGCCAGCAGUGCUGGUGAACAGGGGGUGGGUGCCCGAGGCAGUGAGGCGAGAGGCAGAGGCGUGGAUGGCGGAGGAGAGGGCCAGGGGGGGUGCAGGCGAGGCGGGAAAGGAGGAGGUUGAGAGGGGUGGCAGUGGGACGAGCAGGAGUGGCGGUGGCGGAAGCAGCAGUGGCAGCAGCAGUGGUGGCAGCAGCAGUAGCGUUAGUGUGAAGGGUAGCAGCAGGGGGUGGUUUGGGUCGAGGGGAGCUAAAGGGCAGGCCUCAACCGAAGCAGAGACAGCAGGCAGCGAGCCCAACGCCCCCCCUGUGAUCCGUGUGUCCGGUGUGGUGCGGGCCAGUGAGAAGCCAAACCACUUUGUGCCGCCCAACACGCCGGAGCACGGCGAGUGGUUCUGGGUGGACGUGCCUGCCAUGGCCCAUGCAUGUGGCCUGCCACGUGGCACUCUGCUAUUGGACGCCAUGAGACCAACUGAGGAAGAGGAGGAGGAGCGUACGUCUGGCAGCAGCAGCAGUGGCGGUGGCAGCAGCAUCGACAGCCAAGCGGGUGUGUGCCCUGCAUUCUACAGCGACCAUCGCUUCCCUCGCCCCAAGGACCCUGAGGAGCUUGUGAAGCUGCCAGUCAUGCCUGCCGACCACAUCACAUAUGCGGCCACCUGGUUUUCUCUCUUCACAGCCACGUCAGUGAUGGCUUACAAGCGCCUUCGAGUCGUCCCGAGGAAGCAUUGGUGUUCUCAGCUGGGAGGAGGGAAGGCCACAAAGGAGGAAUGGGGAGAUGGGUCGGGAGGGGAGAAUGGUCAAGGCCUGGUGGCAUGUGCUGCUGGUGGUGCGGGCGGCAAUGGUGUCGGCGACGCGGGUGGCAGUGGUGCUGUUGGUGCGGGCGGCAGCAGUGCCAGUGGCGCGGGGAGCAGAGGAGCCAUUGGCGCGGGUGGUACUGGUGCUGGUAAUGCGGGGGGGAAUGGAGCGGGUGGUGCGGGUGACAGUAGUGCCGGUAAUGCGGGCGGCUGUGGCGCCGGUAAUGCGGGCGGCAGUGAUGCCGGUAACGUGGGCGGCAGUGAUGCCGGUAACGUGGACGGCAGUGGUACAGGCUCCAGUUGA